CACUGUAUCAGAUGUAGGUUCCUGUGUUCGUUUAGAUUUGAAGGUUAAUACUAGCGUGAGCGCUAUCGUAAUUAUGGAAUACGAUGGAGAACAGACUCAGGGCUGGUCUACAGAGUCGGUCGACAUCAAAGUGAAACCAGUGAAGUGUGGCGAAGUAUUCACUGUGGACCAUCAAAAUUACAUUCUGAUCUGCAGCCUUUGCGAAGAACCCUUCCAGGAUACGUUGCAAUUUGGUAGUCACUAUCAAGAGAAGCAUGUUCCUCAGGAGCUAGAAUCGAAUUACCCCCCAACUUUGGAUAGUAAGACUGAAGAAGACCAAUCUGAAUUAAAAGAAAACACGACCCUGGACUUUACAAUCAAGGAGUGCAGUAUCAAAGAAGAAUACGUCGAAGAAACCCACGAUGAAGUUGCUACCACCAGCAACAUAGCCUGCAACCAAGAGGAAGAUGUAUCAUACGAGAAACUAUAUAAAUUGGUAAAGAAAAGCGACGUGAAUUUAUGUUGUGACCUAUGUGACCAUCAAACCCCCGAUGAAAAGUCGCUUCGAAGUCAUCUAACUAUUAGGCACAAUCAAGUCACAUGCGAUUACUGUGAUGAAAUGUUUGCCAGCCAGGAAGAGCUCGAAGAGCACACCAGCAGCCACGAUAAGGACCAGCCAUAUGGGUGCACCUAUUGCCUAAAAUCAUACCGCAGUAAACGAGGCAGACAAUCGCAUGUCAGCCUUUCGCACAAGAAUGAACAGCAUCCAAAGUGUGCAGAAUGCGGAAAGUCCUUCCUUACAAAGGGAAGACUUCAGAUUCACUCACAGAAACAUUCGACGCCUGAACUGCUCACCUGCGAGAUCUGCCGUAAACAUUUUACAGACGCAAGCGAAAAAUAUGACCAUAUAUGCAUCGAUACAGACGAAAAACCAUUUAAAUUCCUAGAGACCAGCCAACCUUGCAUUGCAGAAGUUUCAACGAAUUCAAGCCAGCACGACGAACAGGACAGAUUUCAGUGUGUCGUUUGUGAGAAGAAAUUUCGUUCCAAAUGCAAGUUGGUACUCCAUUUGACCACGCAUUAUGCAGGAAAACAGCUCGAAUGUCCCGAUUGUAGCCAGAAAUUCUAUCGCUGCAAAGAUUUCCAAAUACAUUACAAAGCCCACUUGAGGAAGAAGCAAUUCGAAUGUGCGUUUUGUGCCAGGAUAUUCAAACAUCCCGGGGCCCUGACAAAUCACCAGAAAACACACACCAUGCCCGCUAGUGAGGAACUAUUUCCAUGUGAAUUGUGCGGCAAAAGUUUCAAUAUCAGAAAUAGUCUUGUGGUGCAUAUUAGACGGAAUCAUUCUAAAAAGGAUUACGAAUGUACGGUUUGCGGGAAUACUUUUUACACAAGUUACUCACUGAAAAUACAUUCAGUGACGCAUUUCACCGACAGACCGCUGCAAUGUCCGGAUUGCGACCAUAAAUUUCCAACUUUGAAUAGUCUAAGGAUGCAUUUUAGGAAGCAUUUGAACAUGGAGAGGCAUACCAAAAGUGAAGUUUGUUAGAAAGUGCUUUUACAUCCCAAUCGCCUAUUAGAUCAUAGGAAGACGCCUGAAGUGGAGCUGAUGGUGCACGAACGAGGCUUGAAUUGAAAGGACUCAACAGUUUAAAUUAUAAUGCACAGAAAUAAAGA